GUCUUGUCAGAGUGUGACCAGGAAUGAGAUUCUUCUUUCGGUGUAUCGCAGUUGUUGGAUAUAACUAAUUGCUUAAAAUAUGUUCACAAUCUUCAUGUCACACUGUGCAAUGUGGAUGAAACUGACUUUUAUUACUAUUAUCAUCUUUUCUCCUGACCUAGUGGUGACCUCAGGUUUGUCUGGAGAACCCACUGUCAGCUGUCAUACUAGGUACGUGGCUGAAGGAAAGUCACUCGACUGUGACUGCCGACUAAGUCACUUUUCCAACAGUCACUCGUCCGACAUUCUGCUGACGUGGCCUGGAUAUUCCGACAACAGUGUACUAAAGGUGAUGAAUGUCACUCGGACUGAUAACGGUACAGUCUUCACCUGUCUCAUGAUACGGGGUGAACAAAAAAAGACAGCAAACUAUACACUGCAAGUGGCAUAUGGCCCGGACGACCAACACACCACAAUACACGGUCCUCCUUCCUUCGUUACGGACGGAACAAAACGCAUGAGUUUGACCUGUGAAGUGACUGAAGUUCACCCCCUGCCCUGGUACACCUGGGACGGCUUUCACUGCUUAAAUGAUGAUACAGAGAGAGGAGUCUGUGUCUUGAAACCGCAGCCACCCUGGGAUGAUGGGAGAGAAGUUCACUGUACAGCGCGAAGCAGGGCCGGCAAUAACAACGCUGGGAAGUCGACAUACAGUUUGAACCUCACCUAUCCACCUCUAAGACCACCCGACAUCUCUGGCACAGAUGAUGGGCAGGUGAAAGGCGGAGACAGUAUUCAUUGUACUGUGUCGGGAGGAAAACCUUUGGUGACAUCAGUCAAUUUCAUCUGUUUAUCUGACCCUCCUCAUGAGGACCAGCCAGACGUCAGGACAGCGACAACGGUGACGAGCUCGCUAACGAUCAGCAGCGAUAAAAUGAUGAGACUAAACACUACUGAGUGUGUCUGUGCAGCGGUCUGGGAACAAGAUGAAGAAAUGUAUUCAUACAACUCAUCUGUCUUCGUGGUUUUGGACCAACAAAGCCGAGGUGUCUUCCUGGACAUAAUUAUUUUUGGAGCAAGUGGGGCAGGAGGUACACUUAUCGUGCUCAUCUUCAUAAUCGUGAUUUCUGCAUUCAGAUGUAAACAUGGAAGUAAGGGAAGAAACCUGCAGACGUCUGUUCCAACGUGAAUAUACAGAAUAGUUCACAAGAAGAUGUCUAUACAAAUAUUUGAUUUUUUCUGUUGAGGUUCGGGUUAAUAAUAAGUUUUGUGAAUUGGGAUUUGUGUGUGUGUGUGAGAGAGAGAGAGAGAAAGAAGAUAUUUAAAUAUUUAUUUUCACUUUAGACUUUUUCUUUUGUAAGUGUUUCAAGUAACUGAUCCAAAACUUGUUUGUAAAUUUUGAUCAAAGGGAAGUAACUGCACUGGCAUUUCAAUCAUUUAUUUGUGUAGUAGAAAAAAGUAGAUGAAUCGAAGGUCACAACAUUUAUUAUUACUCUUGCACACUUUGAUUUUUUUUAAAGAAAACUAUAAUUUUUGUAUAUAAAAUAUAUUUACUUAAAAGGGAACAAAUCUUCCUUUAUAAUAUUUUUUGCAGCAUACUUUGACAUUUUUGACGGCCGUGCUAUGGUUUACUUAACAUAUUAAUAUGCAUUUAUACUUUUUUUCACUCUCUUUCUUUGUAUAUUUGUUUCUUUCGCUCUGUUCUACUCGUCCUUUCAAGAAGACGCAUGCACGGGUGUACAACCUCACGGAGGCGCGCGCGCACGUACACCCUAUAUACAUAUAUCUAUUUUAAAAAAUAGGAACAGGUGCGAACAUCCACGGAAUCACACAGAGCAUUUUUAGUCCUACGAGCAUGCAAAGAACAACUAUAUGGAUUAUACAGUUUUUAUUUAUGACAUGAUCAUUUUUUUUUUAUAUUUGAUGUACUGAGUAUCAUCCCCUGCUAAGGAUUCUCGAUAAAGAAAACAAUAAAAAGGACAUUCUUGCUAACUAAAGAAUAGAUGAUUUGUAGCAUGCACAAGACGUUUCCUUUCAAUAAACAAAACAUUAAUCUGGAUUUGAAUGUUUGCUUA